AUUCCUGCAGUUGGUGGCAAGACAGGGCUGACGGGUCGGCGGUGUCUGCGGGACAACUUGCUGACAGAGCCGUUUCUCAUCGUCUUUCGCUACCGGAGGCCAGCAGCGGCAAACCAGGAUAGCCAUGAACAACCUGACGGAUAUUCAGCAGCUCGGCAUGUCGUCGCUCGUGUCCGAUCUGCUUGAGCAACUCAAGGCGCAGACCGAUCCCCGAACCAGGGGCUUCCCCUUCAUCGGCAACCCGGCCAUGGUGAUGUCUCUCAUCGCCGGCUACCUGUACGUCAUCAAGGUCUGGGGUCCACGCUGGAUGGAAGACCGCAAGCCGUUCGACCUCAAGGGCGUCAUCAUGGCGUACAACGCGUUAAUGGUGGCCCUCAACAUAUUCUUCUUCUACAAGUUCCUCACCCAUUCCUACCUGGGCGGUGGCUACAGUUGGGUCUGCCAGGGCAUCGACUUUCAUGACCCCAAGUCCCUCCCUAUCGUCACGUACUGCUGGUGGUACUUCAUGGUUCGCAUCCUGGACUUCGCAGACACGCUGUUCUUCCUGCUGCGCAAGAAGUACAGCCACAUCUCGUUCCUGCACGUCGUCCAUCACACUCUGGUAGUGUGGAACGGCUGGCUUUUCAUCACGUUUGGCCCAGACGGCCAGGGCAUCCUCGGAGUGUGCAUCAACUCGUUCAUCCACAUCGUCAUGUACGCCUACUACUUCCUCGCAGCACUGGGGCCGUCCGUCCAAAAGUACCUGUGGUGGAAACGGUACAUCACCCGCAUGCAGAUCAUCCAGUUUGCGGUGUUCAUUGGUUUUGUGUCCGUCCCACUCUUCAAGGACUGUGGCUACCCCAGGUUUCUCACUUACAUGGCGGCCUCGCAGUGCCUAUUCUUUCUUGUACUUUUCGUGAACUUCUAUGUCCACACGUACACCAAAACCAAAAAGGGUGCAGUGCUCUUUUUCUGCGGAAACUACGCAGCCACCGCCGCGCUUUCGCAGAACGAUAAGUCCGUCGCCAAGGGACUACCCAACGGUGUGACCCACCGUAAGCCGAAGGUUGCGUCGCGGUAAUGGGACAUUUCAAUCUGUGGCGUUUCUAGAAACGUUGUCUCGGGGCCGAGGAUGAAACCCUGUUUUUCCAGUUUCUUAUGUUGUGAGAUCUGCGAUGCCGCUCCUGGUACCGUCACUCGUUCCUGUUAUUUAUUGUAAGAUACGCGAGUUUUCUAAUUGUAUUCCACCUUUUCUGAUUCCACUGUACAUCAUUGUCGCCAUUUCCCAGAUGCCUGUUAUGCAUAGCAGUCCUGCCAUUAGUAUCUGUUAAAAUGAUCUGAAAACACUCCCAAGAACUGUUUCUAAUUACCCGAAAAUGCCUGGCAUUCUUCACGUUCAUCCAUCUCGACCUCUUGGAGAGUUUUCGGAUCGUUUUGCACGAUGAUGCUUUCUGUACAUACAUCCUUUUUCCAACCCUCAUCGGCACAAGAAGAGUGCUUCCAGAGUCACGGGUUUGAGUUGUACUCAGGUGUGGAUCCCAGUCAUGUCAGUCGACUGCAUUAUCCCCCUUGCCGCUGCAACGAAAUAAAAAUUCCAAUUGUCUCCAUUGA